GCUCCUCCCGCGGCCAUGUGGGGGCGGCGGCGCGGGGCCGGGCCCGGGGGUGGCGCGGAGGAACUGCGGGCGCGGCGGCGGGAGCGGGAAGCAGCGCUCCGCAAGGCCCGGCGGGAGCAGCAGCUGGUCAGCAAGCGGCUCCUGCGGGAGGACGAGGCGGAGCGCGGGCAGGAUGGCGCGGAGCGGGCCGUGCUGGACCCGGUCCUGCAGGGCGAGGUCUCCGAGCUGCUCAGAGGCGUGCAGAGGGGCUCCGAGGAUCGUAGAGGGUGGCUGAGACGCCUCCGCCGGGCCCUGCAGAGCAAAGAGACGCAGCAGGAGUUUGUCAGGCUGGACGGAGCGGUGCGGACGCUGGUCGGGCUGUUCACCUGCAGCCUGCCCGAUGUGCAGCUGGAGGCUGCCCGCUGCCUGCACGAGCUGUCCCACUCCAGCGAUGCUGCCGUGGCUGAGGCGUGCGUCCCCGUCACCUCCUACCUCCUCACCUACCUCUCGGGACACAGCAUCGAGCUCAUGGAGCUGUGUUUGUACACACUGGGCAACCUGGUAGUGGAGAGCGAAGUUGUGAGGAAGAAGCUUCUGCCUCAGGGCAUUAUUCCAGUGCUGGCAUCCUGCAUCCAGUCCCCGCACGAGGCUGUGCUGGAAGGUCUGGGUUACGUCUUGUCACAGCUCCUCCAAGCCAAGGAAGCCCCCGCAGAGAUCAUUCCCUUGGUUCUGGACUCUGUUCUCCCCCAGCACAUGCUUCGACUGGUUUGCUCUGGCCUCAAGUUUGGGACAGGAGCUGCAGUAGAGUUUGCAUGGUGCCUCCACUACAUUGUUUAUGAUGUUUUAUUUUGCAGCCAUACAGCCAACGUGGAGCUGAUGUCGCUGGGGGCCGUGCCUGCUCUUACCUCGCUCUUGUGUGACAUCGCUUCUGAAAUCUCCCCAAGCGAUUCUGAGGGCCUGGAGCUGCUCAUCUGCCCGGUUCUGCGGUGCCUCGGCAAUCUGCUCGCGGAGGAGACGGGUCGUGAAGCCCAGCCCCAGGACGAGCGCCUGCUUGUGGCCCUGUUCAUCAUCAUGCAUUGCUACCUGCAGCAGCACCCGUUCCUCAUACCGGAGAGUCUCUGGCUUCUGAACAACCUCACAGCAGAUGAGCCCUUCUUCUGCUCUGCUCUGCUCUCUAUGGACUUGCUCCCAGCCCUGCUGCAGCUCCUGCCGCAUUCCCAGACAGUGAGCACGUUGGUCCUGACCGUGCUGUGCAACAUAGCAGAGAAGGGCCCAGCCUACUGCCAGCAGCUGCACCAGCAGGCUGCCCUUCCCCUGCUGCUGCACGUUCUCGUGGUACCCGACCCCGAGGUGGUGGGGCAGUGCCUGGAGCUGCUGCACCUCCUCUUCCUGCACUGGCCGCAGGUUGCUGCUGACUUUGUCAAACAAGGAGGGCACCAGACCCUUGAGCAGCACCAGAGCACCCCAGAACUCCAGGAGCGGGUGCGAGUGCUGCUGGAAAUGGCCCUGCAGCCCCUGGGUGCCUCUGCAUUUAGUUCUUCAUCCACUGCAUUGUCCACCUUCUCCCAGAUGACAUAACCUGCUCUCCUGCUCUGAGGAAGAAUAGACCGUUCACUCUGUGCCCUGCUCUCCCACACUGCCUGAGGGCUGUUGGGCGGUCAGACUAUCUGCGAGCAGCAGUGCUGGCUGUAUAGGAAUGCUGGUCCUGGUGUCCCUGUCAUGGUGUAAGCACUGCCAGGAUGCCCUGUGCCUCCCAGCUACAUGGG